AUGGGGGCGCGACUUAUCCCGCCGCCGCAAAGCACGAGACAACCUGUCGGCAACCCGACCUUCGAGACCUACCAGGAAGAUGCAUCACCGGGGGCGGCCCCCAGCAGCAGCCCCACGCCCAGCCCGCAGACAGCGGGAGCAGAACUGGAGACAGAGGAGGGGGCGCAACGCCGCCAGCCAACCGAGAAAGAAGAGGAAGAUGACGAGGGGGUACAGCUCAUGCAGCGCACAGCAACAGGUAGUGGGGCAGCCUCGAGCCAUGGCCCGCGAGUGCUGGACACAAGGGUGGUUCAGCGCAUGAGCAAUGCCGCCGCCAUGAUACGAAAGUGGCUGCGUGAGUUAGCCGUGGUUCUGCGAGAAAGGGCUCCGGGGGACACCAUCUUCGUGUUGCUCGAGGAAGCCAUGCAAACUGUGAGCCGCAACCAAGAGGCCGAGCAGACAGAAGAUGGGACAGUGGGGGCAAUUGGUCCUUGCAAGAAACGACGCAUAUUGUUUUUGCUGUCCAUCUCCCGUAUGCGCCUCACCGAUGUGGCCUCAGACGAGGGGGAGUAUGGCUACAACCAGCACCAGAUCUAUGAGGACCUGAAGGAGGCAAGGGGAGACCUGGACAGGGGGACAGUGCAGUUCCAGCAGGCGCUGGUCGGGCAGGGGGGCUACCAGGUGCAACAUGGACGACAUGGCCUGGAGCAAGCGAGGGCAGCUAUUGAAGUCGCCAUGGGGGCCACAGCUGAAGGAGAUCUGGAUUGGAUGACACCAGGCUGGGCCGAAGCAGUGGCACUGGCAAUGCAAGAGGCCGAGGAGCUCCUCGAGGAGUCCAGCCAGCUGGACUACGUACAUCCAGCCGAUGUGGUUGCGCUGCACGAAGGGGCCGAAGCAGUGGCACACUUCGUCCAGUAUGGGGGGGAGCCCAUACGGCAGCUGAUGGCUGCCAUUGCGGUGUGGAGACAAGCGAAGCCAGCGGAGACAGUGCUGGUGGACACGCAGUCCACGGAGGAGGGGAGCCAACCACAGCGGGGGGCGCCAGCAGACUCCAGAUGGGUCCCGCCACUGAACAUUGACCAGUGGCCGGGGAGCAUCCCUACGACGGACGACUCCCAGGUUGAACGAGAAGAAGAGUUUGGGGGCCCAACGGACGACGACCUGAUCCAAGCUCUGGAAGAAUAUGAGCGGCAAGAACAGGAAGAAGCACGACUCGCGGCGCUGGGGGAAGACGCAGCAGACAGUGGGGUGGACACCGGAGCCGAAGCCAAUGAGAGGGGAGAGCCAGUAGGGCCGAGCGAGCAUCGCCGAAGGCGACAACAAGCUGCCUUUUUUGACAACAGAGGCAACCCGGACCCGUAG